AUCGUUGGAUAAAAGAAAAAAAAAACAAAUAAAUAUAAGAGUGGACAAACAUGCGAUUUACGAAUAAAUAGAAUGUAUUAAGACUGAUUACUUUGUGUGUAUCUGUGAGAAUGUGCUAACACACGGUAGCAGCCGGCGGGGCGUCUCUACAACAACACCUCUGAAAUUUUAUUGGAACUGCGCCAGCAAAAGCAAAAAAAGUGCAGCAUUGAACCGAAUAGCACAGCAGCAUUUCAGCUGAGAACGAAACACCUGCUUGCAUUUUAUCAGAGAGUCGCUCUAGACUCGGCCCUAAGUACACAUAAAUCAAGUGUAAUUGUAACUAAGUGGCGUGCGAAUAGGAUUCGAAGCACAAAUUGGGGCUCAAUAAAUCAAAGACACUUGAAAGCAGCGACGCCGACAGCGAGCUUUACGUAAUCGCACAUAACGGACCACAGUUUAAAUUCCAAAAACAUGGCUGCCCAAUCUCUGGUCAAUGUGGAAAAUCUGUUUGAUUUGAACACGUUCAAGGAUCGCUUUCAGUACUAUGCCUGGAUGACGGAUCCGCGCACGGUGCUGGUCUCCAGCGACCGUUUGCUGCAGGCCAAGCAAAUCGUGGAGAACUAUCGGGCUGGCGAACAGACGCCCAAGCUGACGCCCGAUGAAGUGAAAUACAAUUUGAAGCUAUAUAGCUCGGCAUUUCAUCCGGAUUCUGGCGAGCUGCAGAACUUUGCCGGUCGCAUGAGUUUUCAGGUGCCUGGGGGCAUGUUGAUUACGGGCGGCAUGUUGGCCUUCUACCGCACCGUGCCCGCAGUGGUGCUCUGGCAGUUUCUCAAUCAGUCCUUCAAUGCGAUCGUCAACUAUACGAAUCGCAAUGCCAAUUCACCGACCAGUGUCACGCAACUGGGUCUGUCCUUUGCGACGGCCACGAGUGCAGCUCUAGUGGCCGCAAUUGGCUGCAAGAACUACUGGGCGAAGAGGGCGUCGCCAUUGCUGCAACGCUAUGUUCCGUUUGCGGCUGUGGCAGCAGCGAAUUGUGUCAACAUUCCCUUUAUGCGUCAGAACGAGAUUAUCAAUGGCAUCGAUGUCAAGAAUGCCGACGGUGAGAUUAUCGGCCAGAGUCGCUUGGCUGCCAUCAAAGGCAUCAGCGAGGUGAUCAUCUCGCGUAUCACAAUGGCAGCCCCGGGUAUGCUGCUACUGCCCGUUGUCAUGGAGCGACUGGAGAAACUGCCAGCGUACAAACGCAUCAAGUGGAUCAAUGCGCCGUUCCAAACGCUCAUGGUGGGCUGCUUCCUCUGCUUCAUGGUGCCCACGGCCUGUGCCCUGUUCCCGCAGCAAUGCAGCUUGGAUACCAAAACAAUGAGCACCUUCGAGCCGGAACUCUACAAGGAUAUGGUCAAGCGCACUGGUGGCAAUGUGCCCGAUCGCGUCUACUUCAACAAGGGUCUGUAAGGCGCCCCAAGCUGAAGCCUGAUAUUGUCUGCUAGACACUUAGACAAUAACCGUGUUGAUUGUUGUUGUUGUUGUUGCAUAGGCAUUUAUAGAUACGCGCAACGUAAUUGUUCCUCGUUCCUGGUCACAUCGGAGUAGUCAAGGCUCAAACUGAAUGAUAUCAUAAUUUGUGUUUUAUGUAAACUUUUUAAGUGUGUAGUUUUUUAUUAACAUAGUCAAUAUGUUUUGUAAUUUAUGUGAAACUGUAAGCUAAAGUGAAAGAUAAUUUUAUAGAUGAAAUAUUAAACUAUUCUCAAGAAUAUUGUAAACUAAGCUAAAUAAAUAGACUCAGUCAGCAA